GAUAAAUUAAAAUACAAACACUUCAGAAAUACUUAUAUAAAGUUAUUUAUUCUACUUUUUAAAGUUACAAGAAUCUGCUCUCAAUUCUCAAAAAUCUCUCACGCUCAAAAAGGGAAGAGAACUCAAAAGGUUAGAGAUCUGCUCAAGAGAUCAAUCGUAAUCUCAAAACACAAAUGGAAAUUCUCUCUUCAAAAAAGCCCUAAGCCAGAAGGUGAUUUUUACCCUGCUGCGCUGAAGAACCCAACGAAGGUGUCUUGUUUCUUUGAUUUCCUGAGGUUUUAACAAAGAAUAUCAAAAAGAUAUGGAUAAAAGUUGGUUGAAUAUUAGGGAUGGAUGUGACAGAAGGUAUAUUAAAGGAAUAGAUGACUUUCUUGGUUGGGCAUACAGUCAACCAAAUGUGAGCUUUGUAAUUCGGUGUCCUUGUAAAAGGGGUAGAAAUACUGCGUUCAAGACAAGAAUCCAAGUAAGAAGAGACUUGGUGGGGAAAGGUUUUUGGGACAAUUAUAAAGUGUGGGACUUGCAUGGAGAAGUAUUAGUAAGAGUUGAAAAUUCUAAUGAUGUAUGCAAUGUCGAAGUAGAUGAUGAUACUAUUGAAAUAGAUGAUAUUCCAGAAAUGAUUCAUGAUGCUUGUGGAAUUACAAAUUUGGAGAAUAUGAAUAAUUAUCAAGAGGAAAAUGAAGAGCCAAAUGUGCAUGCGAAAAAGUUCUACAAAUUGUUGGAAGAUUCGGAGAAAGAACUUAUCCUGGCUGUAAAAAAGUGUCAAAGUUGUCUUUUGUAGUUAGACUACUUCACUUGAAGAGCCUUAAUCAUUGGAGCAACAAAUCGAUGGAUGCAUUGUUGAAAUUCUUUAAAGAAGUUCUUCGUGAGGGGUCAUUUGUACCAAAUUCUUUUUAUGAAGCGAAGAAGGUACUUCAAGACUUAGGCUUGGGUUAUACUAAAAUAGAUGCAUGUGAGAAUGAUUGUAUCUUAUAUUGGAGAGAGUAUGCCAAUGCCGAAUCAUGUCCUAAGUGCAGUAAGUCUAGAUGGAAGUCAAAAGAUACUGGAGGCAAGAAAGUAGCUCAUAAAGUCUUGCGACAUUUUCCAAUCAAACCAAGACUGCAGAGAUUGUACAUGGCAAAAGAGACAGCAAAAAAAAUGAGGUGGCACAAGGAGCAAAAUAUUGAUAAUGGUGUAUUGCAACAUCCAUCUGAUGGCAUGGCUUGGAAAUCUUUUGAUGAGCUCCAUCCAACCUUUUCAGCUAAAUCAAGAAAUGUUCGAUUAGGUUUAGCAAGUGACGACUUCCAGCCUUAUGGGAACAUGAGUACUAGUCAUAGCAUUUGGCUAGUCAUAUUAGUUCCAUACAAUUUGCCACCAUGGGAUUGCAUGAAAGAUCCAUAUUUCAUGAUGACACUUCUUAUUUCAGGUCCUAAGUCUCCAGGCCAUGAUAUAGAUGUAUACUUGCAACCAAUGAUUGAAGAGUUAAAAGAAUUAUGGGAGGGGGUGGAGACUUAUGAUGCAUACUCAAAAACUAAUUUUAUGAUGCGUGUGGCUAUCAUGUGGGCGAUUAAUGAUUUUCCUGCAUAUGGGAACCUUUCGGGAUGGUCAACCAAAGGUAAACUUGCAUGUCCUUGUUGCCAUAAAGAUGCACAAUCAGUUUCUUUACGUAAUAAGUUGUGUUAUAUGGGUCAUCGUCGCUUUCUUCCGAUGGACCACCCAUGGCGUAAAAAUAGGAGGUUAGUUGAUGGAAAAAUAGAGAUGGGUGUUGCACCUAAUCCCUUAACAGGUGAUGAAGCACUUGAGCAAUUACAAAGUUUGAGAAAUGUGACUUAUGGUAAAGGGCAAAAGCGAAAGCGUAAUGUUCCCAAUGAUGCUUACAAUUGGCGGAAGAAAAGUAUUUUUUUCGAAUUGCCUUAUUGGAAGACUCUUAUGAUACGACAUAACUUGGAUGUAAUGCACAUAGAAAGAAAUGUGUUGAUAAUAUUGCAUCUAUUGUGAUGAAUAUGACUUGGAAAGACGAAGGACACGGUGAAAAGUAGAUAUGACUUGGUGAAUCUUGGAAUCAGGCAAGGGUUGCACCCAGUUGAGGAUGGGAAAAAUGUUUUAUUACCGGCAGCAUGCUAUGCAUUAUCCCUUGAUGAGAAGUUGAAGGCAUGCACUUUCUUAGCUAAUUUGAAGGUUCCUGAUGCCUUUUCAUCAAACAUUUCAAGGUGCGUCAACAUACAAGACAAAAGGAUACAUGAAUGGAAAAGUCAUGAUCACCACGUAUUGUUGCAAGAUAUUUUUCUAGUAGCUAUACGUGGCUUGUUGCCUAAAGAAGUGUGUGAACCAAUUAUAGCAUUAGGAAAUUUUUUCAAGAAUCUAUGCUCUAAGUGCUUGACAAUUGAAGAUCUUGAUAUCCUAGAGGCUGAAAUUCCUAUCAUAUUAUGCAAACUUCAAAUUGUUUUUCUUCCGGCGUUCUUUGAUGUUAUGGUUCAUUUGCCAAUUCACUUGGCAAGAGAGGCAAAGCUUGGUGGACCAGUUCAAACUCGAUGGAUGUACCCUUUUGAGGGGUAUAUGGGAACACUUAAGUCAUAUGUUCGAAACCAAAAUUGUCCAGAAGGUUCAAUUGCAGAAGGUUAUGUGGCAGAAGAAAGCCUCACAUUUUGCUCACGAUACUUAAAGAAUAUCUCAACCAAGUUUAAUAGACCGGCUAGGAAUGGUGAUGAAUCCGUGUCAAAUGCUGAAAUGUCCAUCUUUAAAAAUAGUGGGCAAAAAAAAAAGGUGGUUCAAAAACCAUCACACUAUCUCAUGAUGAGUUUAAACAAGCAUGUAUGUAUGUUCUUCAAAAUUGUGAAGAGGUUUGGUCAUUCAUGGAGGAACAUACAAAAGAGAUUGAAAGACAAAGUUCAAGAAGAGAUGAAAGGCAUAACAAUGACUUUCUUGUUUGGUUUCGUGCACAUAUCUUGCAAUUAGCUGCCCAAGGAAAUGCUAAUGAUGAGCUCAUAAGCUUAGCAAUCGGUCCUGGACCAGUGGUGCAUCGAUAUUCCACAUUGAUGGUGAAUGGAUUUAGAUUCCAAACAAAAGAUCUUGAAUCAAGAAGAAAAACGCAGAACAAUGGAGUUCUUGUGAGAGGAGAUGAUUCAGACUCUAAGGAGUACUAUGGUGUAUUAGAGGACAUUUACGAGUUGUUGUAUUUGGGAAAUAGAAAAGUUUACCUCUUCAGGUGUCAUUGGUGGGAUGUGGCUCACUUAGGAAAAGGAUAUGACAAGUAUGGUUUCACAAGUGUGAAUACUCGAUGUGCCUUGAAUACAAAUGAGCCAUUUGUGUUGGCAUCUCAAUCUGAACAAGUUUUCUAUGUCAACGACAUGGUUGAUAAAGAUUGGCUUGUUGUUUUAAAGACAAGUCCUCGCAACCUUUUUAAUAUGCCUGAAGAGGAUGAUAAAUGCACAAAUGUUGAAGAUGAAGCAUUACAGAAUGGAGAAGCUUACCAACAAAAUGAAGUUGAAUUUAAUAUGGAGCGUAAUGGUGAUCAAGAAAAUGAUAUUUUAGUGUCUUUACACAGGGAUGAUGUUGAACCUCACAUCAUUAAUUAUGAUCAUGCAAUAGAACAAGCUGGGACAAGUGGGCAUACUGAAGAAGAUGGUUUCAUUAAUGAUAAUGAUAUAGAUAUGACCGAAGAUGAAGAAAGCGAAGAAGAGAUAUUUGAUGAUAAUGAAGGAGAGGAUAGUGAUAUGGAGUGAUCAAAGAAAUAGCUUCCCAUCUGUAGCUUUUUUGUGCUUUUUUAAGCAAGGCUUCUUAUGCCUUUCUAGCCUCUGUUAUUUUGCCAUUAAUAUGAAUUUUUGAAUGGGGUACAUAUAACUUUAAAGCAUACUCAAUUUUUUAUAAAUAAGUGCAUAUGCAACGUCCUUUGAUAUUCUUUUCUAUCUUGCAUUACAACUAUCGUGCCACUUUAUCUUCUAUUCCUGUUAAAGGUUUGUCCUUUGGUUCAAGGUCAUUGAAGGAUUGUGUCCUGCUUGGUUUGUUGUAACUUGGUUCGAUUUGUUUUUAGUUUAGAAUUGAGAGGAUAUGAUAUAAACACUGUAGAGAAAGACAAAAGUUUCUAUGGUGCAUUAAGCAGAUUCUAACCAAGAAUUCUAAAAUGUAAACCUUUAUUUAUAUUUUUAUGUGAUGCUGCAGGAAAUGACAGGAAUUGGACGAGGUAAAGGUAGGCGAGGUGGGAAGAGUCGUGGAUGCAGCAAUGUAGGAGUACUACAUGAUAAUUCUAGUGCGACGUCAUCCUUUAGGCCUAAUCCACAAACACAACCAUCUCCAGAUAUGGGACAAUCGAGUAACCCUCAUCAAGUACAAUCUAUGGACUCAUUAUCAUCAAGGGAUUUUGUAGAAAGUGUGCAUCCCACUCCAGAGACUGAAAAUAGUGGUGCAGUCUAUAUGUUAUAGGACCAAAUAAUAAACCUAAACUUUUGAAGGGGAAAACAAAUAACUAAGCACUCUUGUGGCUCAAAAUCAUUUGCCGAAGUGGAGGAAUCGACGAGAGAUCCUGUUAGUGGAAACAAAGCAGCACCAGAUCGAGUUUGGGAGCUCUAACAUACUCGUAAGGAUGACAAAGGAGAAAUUGUGUGGUCGGAUCCACAGUCGCAACAAAUACAUGGCCAACUCAAUGAAAUUGUAACUCAACAACAAUCUGAAGAAAAUGAGACACUGUACUUGGCGAACGAACUGGCUAUGUUCGUGGAAAAGGGUAUGGAAAAAAGCCUACCAAAAGAAGCAGUUUGCAGCAUGUAGACUUAGAGGCGAGUAUGUCUUCUCAAAUGGAAAGAAUGCGUCAAGAGAUGCAAGAGGAAAUGGAUAGAAAAUUACAAGAAGAACGUGAGCAAAUGGCUGCCGAGUUGAAAAGCAAGCUAGAAGAAGAAAUGGCUGCUGAGUUGCAAAGUAAGCUAGAAGAACAAAUGGUUGCUGGGCGUGCACGGACGGAUUUACAAGUUGACAAAAAGUUUGAAGAAAAGAUGAAUGCAUGGCUGAUCAGAAUGCAACAGCAAGGACAAGAUACUUCAAGAACGAAAAAGUGAAGCUGCUCAAGGUGUAGUUUGAAGAUAUUUUUAUGGUAAUUUUGUUUAUCGUAGAAGACAUUAGAGUACGUCUUGAAGACUAUUCCUUUUUGUUAGUGUCGUGAAAUGGCAAUGUAUACACAUUGACUACUUUUGACUGUGUAGACUUUUAACAUUAAAAAGACUACAAUUCUAUUUUGAGAAUUGUUAUCGGGUUGUA